CAGAAAAAUUGGUUGAGUAGAAGCUGAGAUCACCGGCGCCAAAAGAGAGGGGCCGAAAUCCUGGCACAGAUAGUUAGUAUUCAUUUAAUUAAUCUUAAGAUUUUUUAACGCACUGUGCGUCGUGCGACCCAAAACUGACGUAGCUGCUCGACCAGGCGGUAGCCGGUGGCAAGUCAGAUGCAAUUUUGGCUAAUCCUUAAAUAUUUCUUUUUGUGUCGUUUGGACUAAUUUACAAUUGUUCCUGAACCUUGAAGCUGAAUUCUCACAUUUUGUAACAUCAUAUUGUGUAAGGUUUUGGUCAUCCUUUGGAUCUCAGUAUUAGGCAACACAGAAAAAAGCUGGUGAUGUGACGGCGAACCGCAUCUCAGAUGAAACUGAUAGUUGUUACGGAUUGAUCCCAGACUGCCUUCGGUAGAUGGCUCGCGACUGGUGACUGAAGCGCGCAUUAUUCAGGAGAAACUAUAAUUGUGCACAAAUGCCGUGGAUUAAACCUGACUUUGGUUUGGUGAGCGAGCCACGUCCAACUUCUGCCACUGGUCAAGCACGCCAAGGCACCAGCAGCAACGCAACAGCUGUUGCAUUAUCGGCGCCCGACGACAAUGACGUUAAAAUUGUCUCCGCAACAGUGCGUCCUGUUGCCAAACGGCGCCAGGUACAUUCGUCACCGCAAAAUUCCGGUCCCAAAAAGCUCAAAACGACCAACGCUGGCACCUCGAAAGAGCAACUCGCUGCAGCGCUGUGGAUUGACAAGCAUCAACCGAGAUCACGGAAAGAUUUAUGCGUGAGAAACCCGAAGAUCGAGGAAAUCGCGGCAUGGAUAACAAAUAUGGCGAAUCCGACCACUUCUCGCAUCUUGCUGAUGACAGGCCCACCUGGUUCCGGAAAAUCCACAUCUGUCCGACUGAUUGCUCAGGAAUUAUCCACCAAGAUAGUGGAGUGGGAAAGUCCGGUGGUGCAGUAUAUUCCCGAUGGAGACAAUGCGUUUUACGAGUCAUAUGAAUCCUUGUUUUCGAAUUUCCUUCUACGCUCAUCCAGAUACAAUCAGCAGAGCGUAGUUGAUACUCCUGGAAUGGAUUCCAGGAAAGAUGCACGGGUGAUUGUUGUCGAGGAUCUGCCGAAUUUUUGCUUCCGAGACCCGACGAAAUUGCAUGGUGUUUUACGAAAUUUUGUUUCUUGUUCGUGUACUGGAUUAGUGAUUGUUCUAACUGAAAAUAAUGCGGAAAAUCAGCAGCUGUGGCGUUUGUUUCCCCCGUCGCUUAUUAGUGAAUUAAACAUCACUCAUAUCCGUAUUAAUCCGGUUGUUAAAACCUCCAUGAAGAGAAUAUUGACUCAGAUUUUGAAGGCGGAAUAUUCACAGAGCACUGUUAUUAGCCCCGAUACACUGGAGGAUGUGAUAGAUUCCUCCAACGGAGAUAUCCGGGGUGCUGUUUCCGCGCUUCAGUUUGCAGUUGAAGGUCGACGAAGCGAGAGGGGAGGAAAGAAGCAGAAAACUGAAACCAUUCACGGGAAGGGCUUUUCCAAUCGAGAUACCAGUUUGCUUCUUUUUCGCGCUGUGGGACGUGUAUUUUACGUAAAACGAAACACCAAUGAAGUCCCCGUUGUGAAUGGCUUACCGGCAUCCGCUCACGAUCAAAGGCGAUUUCCCUUGACUUACAUUCCUGAAGAAAUUGCUGAGCGGUGUCCAACUAGUACCGAUAACUUGCUUUCUUUUAUUAAUGGAAACUAUCUGUAUUUCCUCCCACACUUAAGUGAUGCUGUGUCGGGCGCAGAACGGUUCAGCGUGGCGGAUCUAAUCGACUCUGCUUGGACUUCGCGGGAAAAAGUGCGCGAUUGCGCUACUUCUGUGGUUAUUCGCGGCUUAAUGCACCUCAACCGUAUCGGUGGUGUAGAGAAAGGUUCUGCUCGAUUUAAAGCAAUGGAGAAGCCACUUCUUCCACAGGUCGAGAGGAAAGCCGAAGGACGACGGGUGGCCGGUUACGAUUUGGCCUACAGUAUGAACACUGGUAUAAAUUUGUCUACGUUGUUCACUGAAUACUUGCCUUUUCUUGGCAAAAUCGGUAGUUAUCCUCCCUUACCAGAUACUAGAAAAUACAUGCAGGAAAUGUGUUUCUUCUCCCACGGAUCGCUGCUGAGAGAGACGGUGAAGGAAAAUGAGUGGAUAUCGCCAACUCCUACUAUUGAAAAUGUCGGGCCUGUAACGGUCACUCGUGAAAACAGCAUCCAGAUAUUAACUGACGAGUUACAGGGAAUCGACUUUUCUACAUGGACGGAAGAUUUCUCGCAGGAUGACACUGAACAAACGAAACCUGCAAUGAACUUCUCCUCUCAAAACUCCGGGAAAGCUGGUGAGCUUAUCUCCGUGAUUGAAGAUUUUUCCGAUGAUGAUCGAUGGUGAUUUGAUUUUAUCGAAUGUUUUCUAACCGAAAAUAGUCUUUCUAUUAUUUUUAUAAUCUCUUUAGCUAAGCAGUAUCACUGCUUUGAGCUUUUGAGAGAUUAUCACUUUGCUGAGUUUGCUCAGACUUUCAGAGUUAUUAAAAAAAUAGCUUUCAUACAUCCUUAGAAGUCUGGACUAGUGCUAUCAACGGGAUUCAUUUCAACGGGACUUUAGAAUUCAGUUACUUGCUGACUUUCUUCUUCUUUCUUACGUUACUUUACAGCAAAUUCGAAUCCAUAACACAGAGAUUUCAGCUUUUACUGUAUAUGCGACAUCAGAAUUUCUUUCC